AUGUCUGCUCCCCAUGUUGCCCCAUCGCAUGAUGCCCACGAGCAACCCAAACGGAGAAAGGUGCGCAAAGGCACCCACAGUUGCUGGGAAUGCAAGCGCCGGAAGAUGAAAUGUAUCUUCGAUCCGCGCAUUUCGAGAACCUCCUGCAACGGCUGUCGACGACGUGGCUCCUCCUGUAUCGGCCAGGAAUUCCCCGAGGACCAAGAAAAUAUCUUCAUGAACAUUGGAACCGGUGGUGAUGGCACUCCUUUUGACGGCAGAACUCGCCCUGCCACGCCCAAUGAACGAACAACUUAUACUUUCACACCCGAGUCAACGAUCAUGGAGACUUCACAAUUCUAUAAAUCUCCUGAGCAAUAUCUCCCGACUACUAGAAAUGAUACCUCACAACGUAAAUUUGAAAGGCUAUCUCAGUUCCUCCAUGAAUUACUCCCGUCACGCGCAGAUACCGAGAGUAUCUGCAAAGCCAGUCGCCACUUUUCCAUCCUCUCCCACGAAUUGUUGACGACGACGUACACCACCCUCUCUCAGAAUGGCCUCCAAAGGCCCGAGAGUUUACUGAUGACUCCUCAACCAAAUGUGCAUCCUGUUUUGAUCGCGAGACACAUGCUCAAGCUCGCCCUUUUCUUACAGCAUCUCCCCCCGGACUUUCACAAGAGGAUUAAAGGCCUAUCGGAGCCACCCCGCAUCAUCAUGGAACGUUUAGCAGAUGUUGCCAUCUGCCACGUCACGACAAACGAGGCACUGAUCAGCAGCAUAGAGAGCCUCGAAUGUAUCAUGCUCGAGAGCUUAUACCAGGUGAAUAUCGGGAACCUUCGACGAGGUUGGGUCGCAGGCCGCAGAGCACUGAGUCUUGCCCAAUUAAUGGGCUUUCAUCGGCCAGAUAACCAGGCCGUAUGCAAGACGCUCGACCCUACACUGAAAUAUGACACACGGAUCAUGUGGCUCCGCAUCAACAUCCUCGACCGCCAGCUCUGCCUCCUUCUCGGUCUGCCCGAAGGUUGCACCGACCAUAGCAUGGCCUUGGAUACAUACAUCACCAACGACUGCCCCAUGAGCCGUAUCGAGCAGCGGCACUGUGUCGCCAUGUCCCGAAUUCUCGAACGGAACGCAUCCAAGCCGAGUGGCCGAGACCUCGCCGCCACACGCGCCAUCGACCUGGAGCUGCAGACAGCAGCGGCCAGCCUACCAAGCAAGUGGUGGCUGGCCCCGAAACUCAACAAUACCUCCACCGACCUGCAAGCCGUGUUCUGGGAUUCACGCCGCCUGAUCCUGCAGAUUAGUCACUACAACCUUCUCAACCACCUGCAUUUACCAUACAUGCUGCGACCCUGGUCCGCAGAGAACAAAAAUGAGUAUUCGCGAAUCACAUGCGUCAAUGCAUCGCGGGAGGUUCUAUCGCGCUAUAACUCACUCCGCAGCUUCAAUCGCAUCGCAUACAGUUGUCGCACGGUCGAUUUCCUCGCUCUCACCGCGGCCAUGGCUCUCCUCCUCGCACACAUGGAUAGCCAUUGCGAUGGGGCAGAAAACCUACUUGCAAACCAGUAUUUGAGCGAUCGCGGGAUGAUCGAACAGGUACAGGAACACAUGACUGAGAUCAACCGGCUGAAUUCAGACGAAUUGAGCGCACAAACUGCAGAUCUGCUAAAGGCGUUAUUGGCGAUUGACCUGGAGAAGGGGCAUGAGCGAGUGAGUGUGCAGGAGGUGGGGAGUGAGGGUAUUUUGCUGCAGGAUGGGAACGGGAUGAACUCAGAGGAAGACAGCGUGGUACAGGUGCAUAUUCCAUGUUUUGGAAUUAUCAGGAUUACACGCGAGAAACAGCAAGCUGCGACGAUUGGAACCAACAACUUCGAAGCCCAAAUCCGUCUCUCCUCCUUGAUACACCCCAGUGGUUCCCUCUCCACUGACUCCCUCUCUACUGACAAUACCUCUAACCCACUCUCCUUCCCUGUCACUGACCCAGCUGUUCCCCUUGAAUAUACCGCCGCCCCCUUCGCGCACCAACAACAGCAACAAUGCCAGACCACGUUCUUCGACCCCGGCCUUUCUCUAACACCAUCCCCGCUAAUGCAGAGCGAGCACCCUGGAGUCGCUGCUGGCGGCGAAGACUGGGCAUUUCAGGGGUGGAUAUGGCUUUUUUCGAGAGUAUAA